GCCCAGGGUGGCUUCUCUCACAACUUAAAAGGGGCUCAUACCACUUCCUCCCAGACAGGAGUAGCUGGAGACAGAGACUCAAGAACAGCCUUCCUGUGUGACUUCAGCUGCCCAGAGAGCAUCAUGGACCUGGGGAAACCUAUGAAAAACGUGCUGGUGGUGGCUCUCCUCGUCAUUUUCCAGGUGUGCUUCUGCCAAGAUGAGGUCACAGACGACUACAUUGGUGAGAACACCACCGUGGACUAUACCCUGUAUGAGUCAGUGUGCUUCAAGAAAGAUGUGCGAAACUUUAAAGCCUGGUUCCUCCCUCUCAUGUAUUCGGUCAUUUGUUUCGUGGGCCUAAUGGGCAACGGGCUGGUGGUGUUGACAUACAUCUAUUUCAAGAGGCUCAAAACCAUGACAGACACCUACCUGCUCAACCUGGCGGUGGCCGACAUCCUCUUCCUCCUGAUCCUCCCCUUCUGGGCCUAUAGCGCAGCCAAGUCCUGGAUCUUUGGUGCCUACCUGUGUAAGUGCAUCUUUGGUAUCUAUAAAGUAAGCUUCUUCAGCGGCAUGCUGCUUCUCCUGUGCAUUAGCAUUGACCGCUAUGUGGCCAUUGUCCAGGCUGUGUCAGCCCACCGCCACCGUGCCCGGGUGCUUCUCAUCAGCAAGCUGUCCUGUGUUUGUAUCUGGAUGCUGGCCCUAUUGCUUUCUACCCCAGAGCUGCUGUACAGUGGCCUCCAGAAGAACUCCAGUGAGGACACGUGGAGAUGCUCACUCAUCACUGACCAUGUGGAGGCUGUGAUCACCAUCCAAGUGGCCCAGAUGGUUAUCGGAUUCCUAGUGCCUCUGCUGGCCAUGAGUUUCUGCUACCUUGUCAUCAUCCGCACCCUGCUCCAGGCACGAAACUUUGAACGGAACAAGGCCAUCAAGGUGAUCAUUGCUGUAGUGGUGGUCUUCAUAGUCUUCCAGCUGCCCUACAAUGGAGUGGUCCUGGCCCAGACAGUGGCCAAUUUCAACAUCACCAACAGCAGCUGUGAACUCAGCAAGCAGCUCAACAUUGCCUAUGACGUCACCUACAGCCUGGCCUGUGUCCGCUGCUGCGUCAACCCUUUCUUGUAUGCCUUCAUUGGCGUCAAGUUCCGCAGUGACCUCUUCAAGCUCUUCAAGGACUUGGGCUGCCUCAGUCAGGAACAGCUCCGACAGUGGUCUUCCUGCCGGCAUGUGAGGCAUACUUCCAUGAGCACGGAGGCUGAGACUACCACCACCUUCUCCCCAUAGAGGGCUCCCCUGAUGGACUACAAGGAACUCUCCCAGGGCCCUAAGGUGGGGACUGGGAGCAUAUGCAAGGACUCGACUCAGGAUCCACCAGAGAGCUGCUGAGGGCAGGGCAGUUCUGGCCAGUAAGGUUGACCUCAGGGCCUAAGAAAACACUUACCAACCCAUGCUACCUCAACCGAGGCUGGAAGAGGCAUGGUUGAAAAUUUAAAACCCAAACCAGGACUGCUGUCCCCAAAUUGACAAACAAAAGUGAAACUUGAGAGGCCAUCAUACCUUCUGGAGUGAAAGGUGUGGGGCUGGUGAACACCCUGGUGGAAGCAGAGUGUUGAGCCCUCUGCAUGAACCUCCCAUCCUAGUGAGAUGUCCCACAGAUUCAAGGACAGAGGUCACAUAUUCCAGAAACCCAGGUUUUGUCUCCAAAACCAAGAUGGUGGAAUUAUUUCCCAGCUUAUGGAGGAAAUGGAGCCAUGGACUGGUCUGAUUAACUAUGACCUAACUCCCUUCUUCCAUCCUCCUUCUCUGCUGUCAUCAAGUCAACAAGAAAUGGGGGUCUCCAUGCUCCCUCAGAACACCAGUGCCCCUCCCUUCUGCCCCUCCUCAGUUCUCCCCAGAGAAGGGGUGGUGGUUCCUACAGGCCAGACCACAUCAUUAGCCUGAUCGCAGUCCCAGAUGGGCUCUGGAUGGGGUUCUGGAUGACAGUGGCCAGGUCUCUCCUCUAGGAUGGGAGGAAAAGGCAGGGAGAAAGGUCAGGGGAAUGAAGGAAGAUGACCCUGCUGGCUGACAAAGGCCAGCAAGCUGCUUCUUUAUUCUCUGUCAGCAACGGAAACCUUUCCUCAUGUUCUGCUUUCGAUUUAUAAGAGCACACAUUUCACUCAGACACAAAUAAAAAAAUUUCCCUUGAGGAAACAACAACGUUAAAA